AUGGCCUCACCGUCGAGGCACCCAUCUUCGUCGUAUGGCGUCGCGCCGACCGUAGGAGGCUCGACAAUUGUACAAACGACGACCGCCGCCGCAGACGAGGAGCAUUCACCAAUCGACAGAGACGCUUUGACACGUUCUCCGGUGGAUAUGUCGCGCUAUCCGACCGUCUAUGAGCAAAACGGCCAAGAGCAAGGGCAGCAUCCACAGCAUUCGAGACCGCCAUCCGCACAACCACGCAGGUCUACCAACGUCUCGCGCAUAGGAACCUCUCGUGUCGAAUCGCCCAUCUCAGAUUCCAAUUAUCCGAGCUGGUUACCCCGCAGACCGCUAGCCCCGGCACCCCCAGGCUCGACCGGAGACACACACUCGGCAUACAUGCGCACAGGAAGUCCCGGGGGAUACUAUAACAAUGGCGGAGGAGGGAGUAGGCUCGCCGACUUGUUCAAUUUCAGCCGAGGUCACUCGAGAAACGUUACACAGUCCAGUAAUCGCGUCAGUACGGCCAUGUCUGGAUUCAUUACCAAUCCUUCAGAGUAUGGGGGCCCUUCGGGUCGUCGUGCGACAGACGAUAGUGGCAAUCGCAAGCCAACGGGUGAGAGUGGCGACAGUGGCGGCGCUUACUCGCAGGCUCGGAGAGGCUCGAGCGGGGACUAUUACGAUCCACAAACUGGAAGGCGGAGAGCGACCCCAAGAAGUGUACGCUACGCGCCAGGGAGUGUAGAUCACGUCAGAGGCCAGGAGCCAACUGAACAGACCCGCCGAGCAUCAUCGAGUGCGAGUCAAGCGUAUGGAGGUUACGGCUAUGGAUACGCACCGGGUCAUCGUGGCGAAUACACGCAUGUCCGGGCGUUUUCGAGAAGCGCGACCAACCCAUACGCCGCACGUACCCAAUCACCCCUCGGCAUAGAACCACCGAACACAGGAUGGAUGUCUCAGACUCCCACCCCUCCCGUACCAGCUCCGCGUUUCAGAGCGCGUAAUCUCAAUUUAUCAUUACUCCGUAGUCCCAGCAAAUUCAUCAAGCUUCGCUACCUGUUGCAGCCAGUUACUUUUUUUGCCCAUGUUCCCAUCCAACUAUUCUUCGACUUUAAUGUUGUAUACAUACUUGUCCAAAUCACCAAGUAUCCUACACCUCUGGCACCGGGCGUCGCUAACACUAGUCCCUCUCCCUCGUGGCUCUUUGCACUCAUACUAUACCUACUCGCGACACUCCUCUGGCUUGUGGGGGUCGUACUCGUCUACGAGAUUGCGUGGUCGUUUUGGCGUCGAUGGCGAGUCAAACGACCGGGGAUGCUGGGCAUCUUUUCGUCCAGACCGGCCCGCAAGCUCGUCGGAAUGGGUAGCUACGAUCGGUUCUGCUUCCUCGAGUAUGUCCAGCGCGGUGCGUGGACGGAUCGGACAGAGCUCGACCUCUUGCUAGAAAGAGAUCGCGAGAUUGAGGAAAUGGAACAAGAGCGCCGGCGCGAGGCAGAAGAGGGCGAAAGUAUGGGCGGUGGAUGGGAGGGCAAAGAAGCGCUACGGAAUGCGCGGCUCGAGGCAGAGCGAUUGGACCGCGAGGUCAUACGUGACGCCGCUGAGUCGGAUACUUCUUCCAUCCAAAGCCUCACUCUCUUUCAAAAGGCGCAACGGUUGAACUACAAGCAAGGCAUGAUCGAAUGGGCGUGGAAUCGAUCCCAAAAUCUCCCAACAGUAGCAUUGCUGGUGCCUCGAGCGUGUAUCGCAUUCAUCAUCAUUCUAACUUUUACAAAAACCAAUCCGCUCACGCUCGCCGCACUUGCGUCUGCUGGUUCGUCUUCAAUCUUUACUACCCCCGUCAAUCCGAGCUCGUACCCCUCGACCAACUCGCCUGUUCUCCGUGACCAAACAUUCUUCUCGGGUCGUGACGGCACCUUGACACAUUACGCGAGGACAGUGUUGUGGAUCGACUGCAUCUGGACACUAUGGAGGACAAUCAUCCUCAUUGCUGCCUAUGUCUCACUGUGGAUUGCGAGCGGACAGAGUUGUGCAGGUGUUUGCGGACCCAGAUACCGCUGGGAAGAGAUUGAGCGGCAAGAAUGGGAGGAUGCGACCAACGCUGGCUUGCACGAAAAAUUCGGCAGUGGCAGUCGACGACAUCUCUCACUGAGUGGUGAAUCGACCAUUGGCGGGCUUGAUCGCGAGACGGGAGACAUUGCAGACCAGCUUGGAUGGCAAUGGCGAGAAAAUACGCGACGAAGGGUACGCGAAGCAUACGAAUUCUGUCUUCUUGCACCGCUACCGCAUCGACGACGUGGGUCGACGCCUGCACCACUUGCUGCGAUUGGGAUGGGCAAGGGCAAGGAUGGAGAAGGAGAGGUCGAUCCGGAGCCUUUGACGGGACUUGCACAGGCGCUCCUACCGCAGAGGAACCAAGGUAGGAAGGGACUCGUACCCGACUUGUUCGACCAACCGACGAUCGAAGGUGGAUUGCGCGAUUCGAUACAGCUGGUUCCACCGUCGACGCAUCUGCCAUUCUCGGUCGAGUCGAAUUCGCGUUCCGGACCACUCAAGGAAUUGCCAUACCCAUUCCCGACCUACAAGGGCAGUGUGCCGCCAAUAGCCCACCAACAGCAACGGCAGACAGCGGGACCUAAGGGCGCGAUUCCGUUCCCCAAUGAGGAUGAGCCUCAACUGCAAGAGGAUCUGAGCCAGAUAGAGGACGAGUACCCUAAUCAGGAGGAGUAUCUUGACCAGGAGGAAUAUCAAGACGAAUACCUCCAGGACGAAUAUAUCAACGACGAUUACCUUGAGGGCCAAGUAGAUGAAAUGGGCUACCUCCCCGAGCGUGCCACCUCUGCGUCUCUCUCUAGUCUUGGUCAACCACUUCCUUCUGGUCAAGGACAACUGCCGUAUGUCGGCCAGCGUACACGAAGCUCUAUGAGCACAGGACCAACGUCGUACUCGCACUCCCAGUAUGGACAGUCGCCACGAAAUUCGGGAUACAAGAGCACGUCCAGCAAGUCCAACUCUGGCGACCAGAGCAGACGCAAAUCUAGUGCCAAGUCGAGUGCAUCGCACUAUAGCCCACGCACGCACAAGUCUUCUGGAUCGCAGCAGUCGCCUGGUACGGAUAGUUCGACUCAACAGAAAUUACGCAAUAUUCUCCCACCUCCUUCUGCUUCUACGUCUGCGCGAUUUGGCGGCAAUGGAAACGGGGAGAGGAGACGAGCGGUAUCUGCGACGCAGUUGUCCCGUAUCGUACCUUCACCAAUGCCGAGCGAAGGACUUGCUAGGUCGCUGCAUGCGGCAUCAUCUGGUGCGCUUCACGAUGUAGCUCCGGAGCCAUAUGCAUCGGAAGGAGAGCACGAUGACCAGGAUGAACAUGAAGAGCAAGGGGAUGGAGGAGAGGUGCAAAAUCCAGUCGAAGAGCAUGAGGAUAGCGUCGGGUUGCUCUCCAAUGCACCCAGCCAUCAAGGCUCAUUGGCUGCGUUACGAGCACGCGCGUCUAGCUUCACCGAAUCUCUUCAACGGAUAAGGACACGGUCUCAGGGUGCAUCAAGUCAUCAUUCCAACUCGAAUUCUUCUGGACAGCAAAGGGCCAGGACACGCUCUGCAGCUGCCCCCGGUGGUGGAGCGACUUCAAGCGGAAGUGGGAAUGGAAGGCGGGAGAGAACGGAAUCACACGCAAUGUCGACGAUGAGUGGUCGUAGUGGGAGUCGGAGCCGGACAAGCUCGAUUGUUCCAGUGAUUGGUGCGCGCUACACGUCUUCUCGACCAGAGUAUAUGGCUGCUGGACGGCCAAGCGAGUUUGGCGAGGUCCACCAUCACUACGAACAAGAGCAAGAGGACUAUGUGCCCGACUGGGUUCGUGAGCCAGUCCCUCCGUUGCCGACCCAAACCCAAUCUACAACGCCACCACAAGACCGCCUCCCCCAACCACCAUCAUCAUCACAGCAGGACAUUGAAGAGGAACGAAUACGGGGCGCGUCGGUUGCACCGUCUGAGCGAACGAUUCAAGCUCCGCCGCCUCUCAUGCCGGGACUGCCCCGACGACUGACGGCCCACGAGAAUGUGAGCAUUGACCACCCGGACAUCAGCACUGCUCGGGAGUCGUUUAUAACACUGCCUGCGACAGUUGACACUGGGUCGACUGGGGUUUACCGAGGUGGUGAACACAGAGUUGGCCAGGGGGCGUCGUCUGCGUACUUGCAUGAGCAUGCACCGCAGCCGUGA